UCGUCUCAUCUUAGUUUCGCAGUGGGUAUCCUUUCUUUUCCCCUCAGAGAAAGAGGAUAAGUUUUGUUUGGCUGCCGAGAAAAUGGCUCAAACGCUUGCAAUGCCUGUAGCGCCCGCACUCUCCGUUAUCUGCAACGGACGUAACUACAAAUCUCUGUCCAUCUCUCUCCCACUUUCAAAGCAACCUCAGGUUCAGUUUCCAAGUUUAAGCAUUCGUUGUGCCCGUGUUGGAGGUGUAGAGAUUCCUAACAACAAGCGAAUUGAGUACUCACUCCAGUACAUUCAUGGAAUUGGACGCACCCGAGCUCGCCAAAUCCUUAAUGAUGUUAACAUGGAAAAUAAAAUCACCAAAGACUUUUCUGAGGAUGAACUCAUUGUCAUUCGUGAUGAAGUCUCCAAGUACAUGAUCGAAGGAGAUUUGAGGCGGUUCAAUGCACUAGCUAUUAGGAGAUUGAAGGAGAUUCAAUGCUACCGAGGAAUGAGACACAUUAUGGGAUUGCCUUGUAGAGGGCAGCGUACUAAGAACAAUUGCCGUACCCUGAAGGGUAAGAGAGUUGCUAUAGCUGGGAAAAAGAAAGCUCCCCGUUGAUUGAACAGUUUGUGCUACUUUAAUUAAUUGUAGAUUAUGAGUGUUGUAAUUGAAUUUGAAUUUCAAUGAUUUUUGGUACAAGUUUAGUUGAUUUUUAGUACAACUUUGGGUUAAUUGAAUAGUGUGAUAUAGAUUAUGUUUUACAUUGA